AUGUUCCAUGUCUAUUUUCAGCCUCAGUCAGAAAUUAUUUCGUUUUUACUAAAAACUUGGCGCACGGCCUACUGUGAUCAAUGUCUAUCUAUGAGCUCCUCGGACGCUUACUAUCCGGUUUGGUUUUAUACUACUACUGAAACCUUACCGAAUUACAACCUGUCAGCUUAUAAUAACCGUACUCUUAAAUUUUUUGACCGUCUCAAUAUUGUUGUUGAAUGUAUUUCGCUUUAUAUUCAAAACACUAAUGUAUCCUUCCUUGAUUCCGUUAAUUUUCCUACAUUUUCUUCUAUUCAAGUUGACAAAAAUGUUUGUCGGAAUUGCCUUAAUGAAUACUCAGGCCUUAUUCAAUCCUACGAAGUAUGGAUUAAUGAAGUCAGUGGUUACAAACAGCGCUCAUUUCUUCUUCCUCUAGACAUUAACUCUUUCUCCUACCGUAAGUUAUGCAUUGACGUGGUAGAUGCUGCAAAUCGUACUCACUUUGUUUGGUCAAACAUUCUCGAGUGCUCGUCUCUACCUUCUCAGAAAGCAGGCUCCACUUUACUCCCUCUAAUUAUCUGUGUAAUUAUUGGGGUGGUUUUCCACGCUGCACUAGUCUGUUUCUUCCAUAAACCAAGCCAUGUUAUCGUUUAUAUGCAGUCGAGAGUCGAAGCUACUACGGGGACCGUGCAACCAACAACCAGUAAUGUUAUGAAUACUGAUAACUCUCAGCUCCCUGUGUCUUCACUGCUUCGGAAAACCAGUUUUGCACCUGUUGCUAGAAAUAUCUCUUUUGACCUCUUAACCCAAGAAGACCAUCUAAGUUACUGA